GGAAAUGUGUGCGCGGAAAACGAAAUAAACUCUCUCUUUCUCCACCCAACGAACGCAGUAGACUUUAUAUAUAACUCUCAACUUAUAUUUUUGUAGAUAUAAUUGUAUUUUAUAGCUAUAUCAAUCAAUCUAUACCAUUAUAAUCCAAACCCAAUAUGAUCUGACGACUAAGAUAUUUUUCUUUUUUUUCUCCAACUAAUGUGAGAAUUUUCUAGUCUCUAUAACGAAUGGUGUGUCUUCUUUCAAGGCUUUUUUUAAUAAUAUAUAAUAGAUAGAUGCUUAUACGGGUGGAUAGAGGGGUAUAUGUUUAUGUAAAAAUAAAUUAUGCUAUGUCUUGGACAAUGUGCUGGUCCAGCUCAGCCUAACACAAGCAGGCCCCACGCCCCCUCUAAUUCUCUAAAUAAAAAGUUUGGUUCCAUCAGAUACUAGAGGUAAGGUCAACACGGCAGCUUAGCCCUGCACCCCCAACUCUUGCCUCAAAAGUUCGACAAACACGUUUCCGCAUCAAUGGAUCUUGGAUAUGAGCAUCCUGCUGUGCUUCUCUCGGUGGAGAUCAGCGAAGUGGUCCAGAAGCUCCGCCGCUCUCUGGGCAAAAGUAGCGACUCCUUCAAGAGAACUACGAAGAAGCUGGAUGUGGUGGAGGAUAAGCUUCGCUUCCUCCGUCUGGACAGCCUGCAGCGGGUCAAGCCUGCCCCUGCAUGGCUGCAGGACCUGAACAAGGCUGCACAAGAUGCAAAGGGACUUCUUGACGACAUGGAAUCUGAGGUGAAAGCUCCUGACUCUUCAAUCUCUGAUGUUAUGAAUUGGCUCUCCUCUGAUGACAGAAACAUGAUUAGAAUGGUAUACGUCAUUAGUAAACUUGCCAGUGCAUGUUCUCAAGGCAAAUCUAUAGUUGACACACCACCCCUGAAUGAGAGUGCCUUAGGAGAUGAAAAGGAAGAUAAGAUAGCUUCAUCUUCUGUUGCCAUGACUCGCCAAGACAAAUCUUUCCUUGGUGAUGACUUUCUUAUUGGUCGCGAUGAGGAAAUAGCUAUGAUAAGAGACAUGGUAUUGGACAAUGCCCAAUAUGUACCAACAGAAAUAACACUUAAGAUUAGGGAAGAAGCUGAGAAGUUACAUGUUCCUCAUAAGGGUUGGAUUACUGAAACUCUUCAUAAAAUUGAUAUGUCUAAAUGGACACAGCAAGCAAUAGAAGUAUCCCCACACCCCGAAAAUGAAAAGAGCAACAAGGUAGAAUAUAUUCGUCAUCCACAUGACAGUGCUGUUACAUACCUUCGGAAUCCGGCAGUUAUUCCCAUUGUUGGAAUCAGUGGAGUGGGCAAAUCAGCUCUUGCCAAAUUCAUAUUCGAUGACGCAAAUGUUCGGGAGCACUUUGGUGAUAUAUCUGCAUGGGUCUAUAUGACUGACAGAACUGACCAGUUGGUUACAAUAGAACAGAUCAUCUAUUCUUUUAAUCCCAAGGAUAACAUCAGUUAUAUGACAAGCCUGGACAGUGCCUACUCUCAACUUCAGGAUAUCAUAGAAGGUAAAAGAUUCCUCCUGGUACUUGAUGAUGUAUGGAAUGAGAUAUGUGUGCUAUGGAAUGAUUUAAGGAGUGUACUAAGCAAAGGAGCACCUGGAAGUGUAGUUUUAGUUACAACUCAAUUGUACAGUGUAGCUAACUUUGUAGGGACUGCAGGCCCUGUAAUUCUGGAUCCUUUACAAUCCGAUGACUCAUGGGCACUUCUCAGGAGAUAUGCAUUUGUUGAACCCUGCAGAAGUUUGUCCACGGAAGGUCUCAAAGAAAUUGGUAGAAAAAUAUCACACAGGUUACAUGGAUUGCCUCUAUCCAUAAAGGUAACUGGGGCAACAUUGAGAAGUCAGUUGGAAGAAGCUGAUUGGAGGGAAAUCUUAAAUAGUUGGUGGUGGAAUGUUUCAGAUGAUAACUUUGCAAUCAGAAUUAUAUCUUCUCUUGGAAGUUGUUACAGUGCGUUACCUGGAUAUUUGCGGCAGUGCUUUGUCUAUUGUUCAAUAUUUCCUAGGAACUAUGUGUUUGAAAAAGAUAAAUUGGUUCAGAUGUGGAUAGCUAAUGGUUUUAUUCAGCUGGACAGUUCUAGUGGAGUCAAAAGGUUGGAGGAUGUAGGUGGGGAAUGGUUCUACGAACUUGUCAAUAGGGCCUUUCUUCAGCCAUCAGCAAGGAAAACUGAAUACAUUAUGCAUGAUUUGGUCUGGGAUUUUGCAAGUGCACUGUCUUCUGAUGAAUACCAUGGUAACGAUAAUAAGGUGAGAGGUGUUUCACAGGAUGUCCGCUAUUUAUCAGUUGACAUGGAUGCCCUAGAUACACUACCAGAUAAAUUUAAAACUGAACAAUUGCGCACUUUUAUGUUGCUUGACGGCAGUCAUCAACCCAGCAAUAAUGAAACUCAUCUCCCUCUUAGUAAUUUUUUGUGUAAUUCCAAAAGCCUACGCUUACUGGCCUUCUCUUCAAGGAGUUACAAAUGGCUGGGACGGACGUCCGCUCUUUCAAAUGUUAUUAGCUCAACGAAACACCUCAGAUAUUUAGACCUCUCGUUUACUGGGAUCGCGAAACUGCCUAAUUCAGUAUGCAGCUUGUGCCACCUUCAGGUUCUUGGCUUGAGAGGCUGUACAUUUGGUAAAUUACCUGGAGACAUGAAUUUCUUAAUCAACCUACGUCACUUGCAUGCUAGCUCAGGCACAAUUGCUCAAAUUAAUGGCAUUGGGAAGCUAACUAAAUUGCAAGAGCUACAUGAAUUCCAUAUUAAAGCAGAAGAAGGUCACGGGAUAACUGAGCUAAGUGACAUGAACGAUUUGGGUGGUUCCCUUUGUAUUUCACACCUUGAGAUGGUGACUGAUCCUGCAGAGGCACUUCAAGCUAACAUAGUUGAGAAGGACUAUAUAACAGCUUUAGAAUUAAGAUGGUCUUAUACUUUGCCUGAUCUGUCCAAGUCGAUACUUGGGUGUUUGUCUCCUCCAAGAUAUCUGCAGGAGCUAAAACUGUAUGGUUACUCAGGAUUUGAACUUCCAGAUUGGGUGGGGCAGCUCAAGCAUGUACGGGUUGUAGAGAUAAGUUGGUGCAAAAACUUGAACGUUCUCCCUCCACUUGGACAGCUUGAGCAUCUGCAAAAACUCAAGUUGGAUGGUUUGCCGUCAAUAAAGGAUAUAAACUCUGAUAUUUGUGGAACCUCAAACGUGGUCUUUUGGUCCUUGGAGGAGCUAAGCUUUGAAUAUAUGGAGAAUUGGGAGAGCUGGACAUAUGCAGGGAGUAGUGACUUCAUUCGGAACCUAAAAAAGCUGAAGAUACUUUCAUGUGAAAAAUUGAGAAAGGUGCCUUUUGAGUCGUUGGGUUUAGCCACGAAAGAGAUAAUAAUUAAGUGGUGUGAUCCAUAUGAUGAUACGUUCUCGAGGUAUUUGCAAGGGCUAAACGGUCUGACACGUUUAGAGGUAGGUGGUAGCCGGAGGUGCAAAUUAAUCAUUCCAUGUAAACAAUUGAUGUCCUUGGAGUACCUACAUAUCCAAGGUUUUGGAGAUGUGUGCAUUAAAAGUGGACUGUGGUAUAUCAAAAACCUGAAGAAUAUACUGAUUAUUGAUUGUUCUACAGUAGUUACAGAUUCAAAUGAAGAGUCAGCACAAGAAGACAAGCAAUCCCCAACUCAAAUCGAUCGCACUAUGCAUUCUCUCACCCACCUUACCUUGGGUGGCGAUACAAUGCAAAAAGUAGGUCUGGAAUUUGUUAUUCCCCAAACUCCCUCCCUCCGAAACCUGCGCCUUGACAUAGUACAGGGCCAUACAAGCAUUACUAAGAAGUGGCUUCAGUAUCUCACAUCUCUACAGGAGCUGGAGAUUUAUUCGUGCCAUGCACUCCCAUCGAGCUUGUCCUCUCUGUCAUCCUUGAGGAGGUGCACUCUGAAGUACUGCCACUGGAUGUAUUCAAUACCACCCAACAGCCUGCCAGGUAACCUAAAAGAGUUGCAAAUAGAGGAGUGCUCAUUUGAACUAGAGGCACGAUGCCAGAAUCCAACAGGAGAUGCGCGGCCAGAGGGGCGUAAGAUUGAGUUGUGGCAGAAGAGGAAGAUGGGCGAGUGGCGAGAGAGGAAGCUGGAGCAUGGGCGGACGAAGCUUAUUGAAAUGCAGCAAAAGAACGAGUCACUAGGAAUACCGAUGAGCUGGAGGGAAAAAUCGCCGAAGAGUUCUAAAGGGGAGUCGUUGUAUCAAAGUGAUAAAUAUUGGUCGCGUGGGCAGAGGAUGCAGGAGGGACACGAGUGGCCGAGGAAGCAGCACAUGGAAGAACAGUCGUUUAUAGAAAAGGAGAAGUCGUCGAGUCUGAACGAGCAAGCAGAGGAAGACGAAUCCAAGAAGGAACCACUAGAAGAGUGGCUGCAGCAGAGUGAAGGAGAUCAAUGGCCUGAGCGAGAGUGGGAGCUGUACUCAUGGGUGGAGAGGAAGCUGAAGAAAGAAUUGGACAGAAACAAAGAUGAUCCGUCUAGUCUGAUGAAAGAGAGAGAAGAAUGGCUGAAGGAAGAGGAGCGCAAAUUCCACAGUGAGACAUUGGGAAAGGACUGGCCCAACAUUUGUCACGUUCCAUAUCUGUGUGGAGGGAAAGAUUGUACAGAAUCUUUAUACCUGAAGCUGCAGAUUCUCCAGACGUGGACUCAUUUUCUGUUUCACGAUUCACAUGCUCUGGUAAAGGAAAUUUUGCAUCUAAAUCAAGAGUCAAGACAAUGCUUUUGCUUUCGGCAUCAUCUAUCUGCCCAGCGCACUUGAGCAUGUCCUUGUAAACGCAUGGUAACACUUAAUUUGAUGGAGCUGUUUCCUCCAUGAAGAAGCUGUUAUUUUCCUAUGAAUAUCUCAUCAGGUUAACAGGUUUCUUGCAAGUUCAGAACAAGAAAGUUGCCUGAGAUGAUGCAAACUGACUGCACAAACAGAAAGGCAACCAGUUGGUUACUUCAUCGAUAUUACAGGCUAGAUCGAUGUAGCCUGGAGACUCUGCAAGUAUGCAUAGAAACAGAGUGGUCUUUACUCUUGUUCAUUAAUCAGGAUAGCCUUGCUGAUGCUGAAGCAGCAAAACGGAAGCCGGUUAGAGAUUGCAGCAUAAAUUGGAUUCAGUAAUGCUUUGCACUUCUUUCGUGGGACCGCACUUUAAUCUGUACUACUUCCUCCGUUUCACAAUAUAAGUCAUUCUAGCAUUUCCCACA